CUGUGGUGGGAGUGUCGCCCUACGCUUCCCGCACUGAACUCGGGAGGCUUAAAGAGACAACGGCAGAAAGCCCCGGUUAGCUGUUUUGGGAGGAUUUAGAUGAAUAAUAACUGUACAAACCUAUGAAUUGAUUUAACAGUAAGGGAAUAUGCGACGCGCUGGAGUAGAGCUACACAUGGAGAGAUAUCCUGGGGAGACAGCGCACCACUUUGCAGUUUGAACCUGCCUCGGUCGGACUGCGAUGCUCGGGCAUGAAGAAUGUUUGCUUGUUUGCGCCAUUUCCGAAAACUGACCUGGAGGAAACCAUGAGGAGUCUAAGGGGACGUUUUGCAGUGGCCUUCUGGAUCCAGUAGCAGGAACUGCGCCGAUAUAUUAAUAUAUAAAUAUAUAUAUAUAUGUGUGUGUGUGUUUGUGAUUGAGUGUGUGCAUGUGAGUGUAUGGGUGUGAGAGUGUGCUUGGUGUGAGUUUGAGUGUAUAUAUGUUGGUUGUGUAUGUAUGUGUGUGUUUAUGUGCGCACAUGCUUGCACAGGCUGCCUGCGUCAGGCAGUAACAGGCUGCUCUGAGGACCCUCAGAGUCAUCAGAGGAGGGAACCCCCCCCGAUUUGGAGGAUUACAUCAGUGUUUGUGAGCUGUUCUGGAUAGUGAAUCGGCAGUUUUUCUGCUGCCAUAUAAUCAGUAUUUGUAUAUAGAUAUUUAUAUACAAACCCCUCUCCAAUUCUCCUGCCCCACUGCCUCCGACCCCACUGUUUCCCUGGGGCUUGUUUUGACGCCUCUCUGCUUUGAAUGGCCGGUAAGUAACCGUGGAGAGGCCAGGGUAUCACAAGCUUAUGGAUUUUGAUAAGAGAGGUGGCAAGGGAGAGGCCGAGGAAGGGAAGAGGAUGUCCAAAACAGCCAGUAACAGGACUGGCCCCAGGGGCACUGGGACCAACUCUGGGGUCCUUAUGGUUGGCCCGAACUUCCGAGUAGGGAAGAAGAUCGGCUGCGGUAACUUUGGCGAGCUGCGGCUGGGGAAGAACCUCUACACCAAUGAAUACGUCGCCAUCAAACUGGAGCCGAUAAAGUCCAGAGCACCGCAGCUUCACCUGGAGUACAGAUUUUAUAAACAGUUGGGAAACUCAGAGGGGAUUCCUCAGGUCUUUUACUUUGGGCCAUGUGGGAAGUACAACGCCAUGGUUCUGGAGCUGCUGGGGCCCAGUCUGGAGGACCUGUUCGACCUCUGUGACCGAGCCUUCUCCCUCAAGACCGUCCUCAUGAUAGCCAUACAGCUGAUAACACGGAUGGAGUACGUUCACACCAGGAGCUUAAUAUACCGAGACGUCAAGCCGGAGAACUUCCUGGUGGGCCGACCGGGCAGCAAGAGACAGCACACCAUCCACAUUAUCGACUUCGGGCUUGCCAAAGAAUACAUUGACCCAGAGACCAAAAAACACAUCCCGUACCGGGAACACAAGAGCUUGACCGGCACAGCCCGCUACAUGAGCAUCAACACACACCUGGGCAAAGAGCAGAGCAGGCGAGAUGACCUGGAGGCGCUGGGACACAUGUUCAUGUACUUUCUGCGAGGCAGUCUGCCCUGGCAGGGCCUGAAGGCGGACACACUGAAGGAGCGCUAUCAGAAGAUCGGAGACACCAAGCGGGCCACGCCGAUCGAGGUGCUCUGCGAAAGUUUCCCAGAAGAGUUAGCGACGUACCUGCGCUACGUCCGGAGACUGGACUUUUUCGAGAAGCCUGAUUACGACUACCUGAGGAAACUCUUCACUGACCUCUUCGACAGAAACGGCUACGUCUUUGAUUACGAGUAUGACUGGGUCGGCAAGCCUCUUCCCACACCCAUCGGCCCCAUCCCCAGCGAUACACCUCAGCCCAGCAGCCGGGACAAAGCACAGCAACAGACCAAAGCCCAGUCGCCUGAGCCCAAACGGAGCGAGUCCCAGCCCACUCCCGUGACCAAUAAGGAGACGCUGGGGUCGCAUCUCACAACUGAUAGGCUGGGUGGCUCUGUACAGGUAAUGAGCUCGACCAACGGAGAGCUGAACACGGACGACCCGACCGCCGGACACUCCAAUGCUCCAAUCACAGCCGCCACCGAGGUGGAGGUGGCAGACGACACAAAGUGCUGCUGUUUCUUCAAGCGGAGAAAGAGGAAAGCUCUCCAGAGACACAAGUGAAGAGCACUGAGGAGAACUUGAAACAUUCUGAUCACUGUCGAGUUUUAAAUGGAAGCAAUUACACUGCUCACUCAUCCCUCUUUCUCUUCUCUUCUCUUCUCUAUUCUUCUCUUCUCUUCCGUAAGCCCCGCCCUGUCCUCCUGUCACUCAGAACCCUGCACCGAUGCUCCUCCUCAGCUGGAGUGAUAAAGGAAUGUUGUCAACCAUGCAACAGACUCUCUUCCUUUAAGAUAAGAAAUUAAAUAUAAUAAACGUGUAAAGAAAAAGAAUCUCUCACCUGGGGGGAACUGACGGAGAACUCUGUAAAAAAAAAAAAAAAAAAAAAAAAAACAAUAAUGAUAAACGAACACCGUGACGUGAAUUUGAAAACAAAAAAGCUGUUUGAAACAGUGGUUGUAUUCUAGAUUCCAUGCAGAACAUGUUGUUGUUUCUGGCGUUGAUCUGAUCUGAGGACAGUGGACAGUACGUUGAUGCAUUGGAUGAAUUGAAUGAGUUUUCCUUAGCUAUAGUUCUUAUUUGUUUCAAAUCGGAGGGCAAAGAGAACUGCGAACGCAAGAACGAUAAAAGAUCAUCUCAAGCAGACGUGAAAACGUGGAAGAUUUUUUUUUUUUUUUUUUUUUCAUUUUUUUUGUUAUCGGUAAUAAAAUCUGUGGUUGUUUUCAGAACUGAAUACCUGGAUUGAAAGCAGACCUUUUACAUUUUAUGUUGUAGUGACCUGGAAUUCUUCUUCUUUUUUUGGAUUCUUUUAUUUCUCUUUUUUUGUUUGUUUGUUUGUUCCGUUUUGUUGUUCUGUUGCCGUGGACUCUGUAGCACAGUGGCUGGUCUCAGGUACUGUGGACGAUGGAGAGACACAGAUACUAAGCUCUCUGCUUAUUAUUGCACUUUUGGGGGGGGGGGGGGGGGGCUUAAAACAAGAAGAUAUGCUAGAAAAUGGAUAAAAAAAUAAAGACUGCCCAAGGAUGAUUGAUUCCCAUGCAAACGUGAGAUCUGUACCAGGGCCGAGAUUCAAAGGCAAGAAGAAAAAAAAAAAGACGUCCUCCUCUUUUAUGUUUCACAACAGAAUUAUUUACCAGGAAAUCAUAGUUUGUGCCUUUCCAAGUAAAAUGUUUAAAGCUAAA